UGCUUUAGCUGUCACGUCAGUGUUUUUCAUCUAGUUUAGUCGCAAGAGCAGUUUGCAAAAGAGGAAAAAAAAAAGUAUUUCCACUAGUUUGUGUAUUUUAAAUAGCAAAAUAUUAGCAAUAUUCUAUUAAAUCAAUCCCAUUGACCAGCUGCUCGCGUCAGUAUAAAGUGAUUGUGCAUUUGCUCCGCCGUCGUCGCCUUCCUUCGUUCUCGCUAUCAAGGACAAAAUCUCAAAACUGGCAUUCAAGCUCUAAUCGAUCAAAGUUUUGCUUCCUCUUGCCCGUAACCACCUCUCCACAAGCUGCGUGUGAUACGACAAGUCAAGGCAAGUGGUAGGACAAAGGCGAUUUGGCGAUCUGUUUAGGGGUGAGUCACCUGAUCAAGGGUUUCCCUUGCUCUGCCACUCGAAGACUAAAGGAAUUCACGGAAUUUCUGCGCGGAAAAGCCCUACAAUGAAUUACGAUGUGCUACUGAAUCGGACCGGGUUUGGGCGACUGAACAUCGUCAGCCAGCAGCAGCAGGUUCGAAGUGUCUCGGAGAGUGAAGGUCAAUAUCGUCAACAGCAGCAGGAGGAACGUAAUGAUACGCCAACGCGGAAGAUCUCGACGCAUUCGGCGCGACCAGAGUUCGGUUCGAACCCGGGAAGUGCACGGGGUACCCCGGUGCGGGCGGGAUAUUCGGGUGGGACGGCGGGGAGUGGUGAUGAAAUCAAAGGAAAGGUCGAAUCCAAACUCAUGACGAUGUGGAACAAUGUAAAGUUUGGGUGGAGCGGAAAGAUCAAGACGAGUUUCUCCAAGGAACAGCCCUUGUGGUUGCUUGGUCGUUGCUACCAUCAGAAGGCCACCCCCGGUCCGUCGAUGGACAGUUCGGUAGAGCUGACAACCAACAUUGAGACGAACCAGCUGGUGUACGUGAGCGUUCCCGAGCCGUCGGAUAUUUAUGUGGAGUCUCCGCCGGAAGAAACGGGCACCGAUGCCAUUGAGGACAGCAGCCCCGAAGCGGUAGUGGAAGACGAAGGCAUUGAAGCGUUCAAGCGGGACUUUAUAUCGCGCCUGUGGAUGACCUACCGGAAGGAGUUCCAAACGAUGGACGACUCGAACUACACCUCGGACUGCGGCUGGGGUUGCAUGAUUCGAUCCGGCCAGAUGUUGCUGGCUCAGGGAUUGAUCACACACUUUUUGGGCCGUGGCUGGCGUUGGGAUCCAUCCCAGGAAGGACUGCGGUUGAACUUUGACUCGCUUCAGUACGAGGAUGGCAUCCACCGGAAGAUUAUCCGCUGGUUUGGGGACACUUCGUCCCGGACCAGUCCAUUUUCGAUACACACGCUGGUGGCACUUGGGAAGGAGGCCGGCAAGAAACCGGGCGAUUGGUACGGUCCCGGUUCGGUUGCACACCUGUUGCGGCAGGCGGUCAAGCUGGCAGCGAAGGAAAUUACCGAUCUGGACGGGAUCAACGUGUACGUGGCGCAGGAUUGUGCGGUUUACAUCCAGGACAUCCUGGACGAGUGCACCGUGUCCACCACCCCCAGCGUCGCUCCCUGGCAGAAAAAGAUGUCCUCUGCGGCGGCGUGCACGGAUUCACCCUCGCAAGCGACGACCCCACGCGUCGGUGCCACCGCAUCUUGCUCCUCUUCCUCGUCUCCUCACGCAACGGGAUUCGUCGCGCCGUCCGAUACCGCGGACGAAAGCGCCCCCGGAAGCCACUGGAAGUCGCUGAUUCUGCUGGUGCCACUGCGACUCGGCACGGAAAAGCUAAACCCCAUCUACAACGACUGCCUGAAGGCGAUGCUGAGCCUGGACAACUGCAUCGGAAUCAUCGGCGGUCGGCCAAAGCACUCGCUGUUCUUCGUCGGAUAUCAGGAGGACAAACUGAUUCACCUGGAUCCGCACUACUGCCAGGACAUGGUCGACGUGAAUCAGGAAAAUUUCCCCGUUUCCUCGUUCCACUGCAAGUCGCCGCGGAAGAUGAAGCUCAGCAAGAUGGACCCGAGCUGCUGCAUUGGAUUUUACUGCGCGACGAGGAAAGACUUUUUCAAGUUUGUCGACAACGUAAAACCGUUCCUCCUGCCGGCGAAACAAUCGAUGAGCAGCAGCUUUCCCAGUUCGGCCGGGCUGAACCAGUUCAACGAGAUCACCUACCCGAUGUUUGUAUUUUGUCGUGGCAAAAGCAGCGAACAGCAGGUCGAUUUACCUCCACGACCCGUUUACCGCUCACCGCCAGCCCCACCACCGCUUACGGCGGGCCACCCAGCUUACGCCAGCAGUUCUCAGCUGCAGAACGGCGAAGACGACGACGAUGACGACGAGGACGAAGCGAUCGAGUUUGUGAUCGUUUGAGCGGCGGCCAUUUAUCAUCCCCCCCCCCACCCAAGUUGCCAGUUUGCACUUUCUGAUUGAUUAGUCCGGACAUUCCUAAACUUAGCCUAGGUCCCCCCCCCCUACUCUCGAUUGAUGGUUCCAAAAUAAUGCACCCCCACGAUUUGUAGAGUCGAACUGAGGCUUAGAGCUCUGAGUAUUGCCUGAUCGAAUGAAGCAUGUUGGUUCAUUGAAUGAAGUGUGAUACUCUUAUCCGCAGAACACAAAACGAAGAAGCACUGCUCCUGAUGGUGUUAGUUCUAAUGUGUGUGAACAUUUUGGCGACAAACCACUAUUAUUUACGGUAUUAAGUACUUACAGCGUAGAAUGUAGCAAAAGAAAUUGAAGCCCACAAUAGCAUAUUUCCGUGCUCGAUACCCAAACCCCUGUAAACUAGAAGAGAAACGUAGCAGUUUAAUUCACGCCGGAAGUCAACAGAACAGAUUCUAUUAACCAGUAGUGUGUAUUAGCUUAGUGUUUUAGGAUGUUUAUUUAUUAGUUGCUAAUCUGCUCGAGCAAGUGAUGUGGUCUCGGAAAACAAAAAUCCUAUCGAACAUUGUGUUACAAAUUGAGCGUUUAAAAUGCUUUGUUUUAUGUUGAUUUUUUUUAUUAAAGUAAUUUAUUAAAUUAUUUAUGAAAUUAUUUUGGUCUCUGUUUUCAAACCUGCUAAAACCACUAUUUUAUAUUAUAAUAAGAACAAUAGCUAAGCAACUUAUACAAAUAUUGUAAAUUGUGACUGUAACAAUAUACGAAUGCAUUCGAUUUGCAGAAAAAACA